AUGGAGGUCUACACGGAAGCUCAAGCAAGCAAGAUGAAGGUUCCGGAGCUGAAGGAAGCCCUCAAGGCAAGGGGUCUUGCCACUUCCGGCACCAAACCCGCCCUCAUCGCCCGCCUCAUCGCCGCCACCAAGCGGAAGAGGAAGGACGACAGCGAAGAUGAAGAUGAAGACGAUGACGACGGCGAACAAGCGGCCAAGAAGGACGAGGACAGCCGUCCCGCCAAGAAGGGCAAGGCCAAGAAGGCCUCGAGCGACGACGAAGAUGAAGAUGAUGCGAAGGAGGAGGCCAGCGGCGGCGGCGGCGGCGGCGGCGGUAUUGUCGAAGCGCUGGUCGACGACGGUUGGAAGGAGCUCCUCUCGAGUGAGUUCGAGAAGCCCUACUUCAAGAAGAUCCUUCAGUUCGUGGAGGGAGAGAAGAAGAAGACCAUGGUCCACCCGCCGGAUCACGAGGUGUUGAACGCGUUCAACUACACGCCUUUCGACCAGGUGAAGGUGGUGAUCAUCGGACAGGAUCCGUACAUGAGGCAGGGCCAGGCCCACGGCGUGUGCUUCUCCGUCAAGAAGGGUGUGAAGAUCCCGCCCUCGCUCAAGACCAUCUACAACGAAUUGAGCACCGAUAUCAAGGGCUUCAAGGCGCCCAACCACGGCUACCUCGAAAAGUGGGCUCGCCAGGGCGUCCUCAUGAUCAACGCCACGCUGACCGUGAACGAGGGCAAGGCCAACUCCCACGAGAAGUGCGGUUGGCAGACCUUUACGGACCGCGUCCUCGCGCUCGUUAAUGAGAAGAAGGAGGGGGUGGUGUUCCUCCUCUGGGGCGGGUUCGCCAUCAAGAAGGCCAAGGACGUCAACAAGAAGAGGCACCACGUCCUCGAGGCGGCCCACCCCUCGCCCCUGGCGGGCGGCAAGUUCCUGGGCUGCAAGCACUUCUCCAAGUGCAACGAGCUCCUGGAGCAGAUGGGCAAGGAGCCCAUCGACUGGACCCUCGGGCCCUGA